AUCUCGGUGUGGUAUGCCAAAAAAAUGGGUCGGCGAUUCAUCGACAACGUCCGGAAAGCCAAGAAGCAUCCGCACCAUAUCAUGGGAAAUUCUCCUCCAGUGAUGGUGAACACUGACACACUUGACGGCUCCCCCUACGUCAACGGGACAGAGGGGGAAAUUGAGUAUGAAGAGAUUACACUGGAAAGAGGUAACUCAGGCCUGGGCUUCAGUAUAGCUGGGGGGACAGAUAACCCUCAUGUUGGUGAUGACCCCAGCAUCUUCAUCACCAAGAUCAUCCCUGGAGGAGCUGCGGCCCAGGACGGACGGCUGAGUGUGAAUGACAGUAUCCUGUUUGUAAAUGAUGUUGAUGUGAGGGAGGUGACCCACAGUCUGGCUGUAGAAGCUCUGAAGGAGGCGGGGGCCAUUGUCCGCCUCUACGUGCUGCGCAGGAAACCAGCCGCAGAGAAAGUUACAGAGAUCAAACUCAUCAAAGGGCCCAAAGGUUUAGGUUUCAGCAUCGCUGGAGGAGUGGGUAACCAGCACAUUCCAGGAGACAACAGCAUCUAUGUCACUAAGAUCAUCGAGGGUGGAGCUGCUCACAAGGACCAGCGGCUGCAGAUAGGGGAUAAGAUACUGGCGGUGAACAGUGUGUGUCUGGAGGACGUGAUGCACGAGGAUGCAGUGGGAGCCCUGAAGAACACAGCUGAGGUGGUUUACCUCCGGGUGGCCAAGCCUAACAACCUCUACCUGAACUCCUACAACCCCCCUGACCUCACCAGCACAUACUCCCCUCACAUGGACACAGAUCUUGGCCCCACCUACCUUGGAUCAGAUUACCCACAAGCCCUCACUCCCACCUCGCCCAGUCGCUUCUCUCCGGUGUUGCACAGCUUGAUGGGGGAUGAAGAUCUUCCCAGUCUCCUCCUUCCCCUCCAUUUCUCCUCGUCUCUCCCUGACCCCCCGUCCCUCUCCCUCUCCCCUGCUCUCUCUGUCAGGGAGCCUAGGAGAGUGCUGAUCCACCGGGGUUCUACAGGCCUGGGUUUUAACAUCGUGGGAGGAGAGGAUGGAGAGGGAAUCUUUAUCUCCUUCAUCCUGGCAGGGGGGCCUGCCGACCUCAGCGGAGAGCUGCGCAAGGGCGACCAGAUCCUCAGCGUAAAUGGAGUGGACUUGCGUAUCGCCACCCAUGAGCAGGCUGCAGCAGCCCUGAAGAACGCUGGCCAGACUGUCACCAUCAUUGCCCAAUACAGACCAGAGGAAUACAGCCGUUUCGAAGCGAAGAUCCACGACCUGAGGGAACAGCUGAUGAACAGCAGCAUGGGAUCUGGUCAGACAACACUGAGGAGCAACCCUAAGAGAGGCUUCUACAUCAGGGCCCUGUUUGACUAUGAUAAGACAGCAGACUGUGGUUUCCUGAGCCAGGCGGUGGGCUUCAGGUUUGGUGACGUGCUCCAUGUCCUGGACUGUGGUGAUGAGGAGUGGUGGCAGGCCAGACGGGUCAGUCCUCUGACAGAAGCUGAGGAGGUCGGCUUUAUUCCCAGCAAACGCAGGGUAGAAAGGAAAGAGUGGUCUCGCAUGGGCACAAAAGAAAGGGAUCGCAGUCGAGACAGCCUCGGGUCUCAAGGGAGGGAUGAUUCUCAACACAGCUAUGAAACAGUCACACAAGUGGAGGUCCAUUAUGCGAGGCCCAUCAUCAUAUUGGGUCCUAUAAAGGACAGGGUAAAUGAUGACCUGCUGUCGGAGUUCCCUGACAAGUUUGGGUCUUGUGUCCCUCACACUACACGGCCCAAGCGUGAGUACGAGGUGGACGGGCGGGACUACCACUUUGUGUCGUCGCGGGAACAAAUGGAGAAGGACAUCCAGAGCCACCGUUUCAUCGAGGCGGGCCAGUACAACAGCCACCUGUACGGCACCAGCGUCCAGAGUGUUCGCCAGGUGGCAGAGCAGCAAGGAAAACACUGUAUACUGGACGUGUCGGCCAAUGCUGUCCGCAGACUACAGGCCGCUCAGCUUCACCCUGUCGCCAUCUUUGUCCGGCCCAAGUCACUGGAGAAUGUCCUAGAGAUCAACACUCGACUGACAGAAGAGCAGGCCAGAAAGGGCCUGGACCGUGCUCUCAAACUGGAACAGGACUUUCUAGAGUGUUUCUCAGCUGUGGUGGAAGGAGACAGCUUCGAGGAGGUUUACCACAAGGUGAAGACGGUGAUCGAGGAGCAGUCGGGGCCUUACAUCUGGAUCCCCACCCGGGAGAGGCUGUGAGGCUGCCCCAUAACCCACCCCCAACCCCCCAACCACCCUCAGACAGUCUGCCCUCCAGCCCAACCAGGGCAGAGAGACAGAGAGAGAAAGACACAGAGAAAGACAGACAGAGGGACACGUGAAGAUAGAGACAGGAGGGGAAACAUAAUCACACAGAGAGAGAGAGAGACACAGAAUAACACUAAAAGAGACACAUGAAUAGAAACACAGAGAGAUAGACAUGGACGGUAUUUAAUAAAUAUGAAUAUAUUCUCAAUGUGUGGUGAGUACUGAGAAAGACUGGACAGGGGUGACCCAGUUGGGUGUGGCAGGGCGGGGCAGGGUUGCGUCCCCGGAUUAGCACAGGGUAAAUGAUCCACCAUCUCUCCCUCUCCUUCUCUCUGUCUCAUUGGCUGCCUUUGACAUCCCCGCCGACAAGGUGGCAAAACCAUCAGCAUCCAUCUGAUCCUUCCUUUUUUAUAUCCCUUAGCCUUCUCUCCUCCUCCUGUCUCCCCUCUCCUUUCAGGACAUGAAAAGGAGGGAGAGAGAGAGAGAGAGAGAGAAGGAGAGUGCAUAGCCUAUGGAAGGACACACAGAUCCUAUUGGGUCCCUCUAAUCCAGAGGAGGCUCUUUUCUAGUGAAGAGGCUUUGCUCUAUGAACAACAUCCCACUAACCAAGACAGGCAUUUGCUCAAUCACCCACGAAAAGCAUUGCAAGAACAUUUUUAAAAAGCAGCACAAAUGAAAACUCAGAAGUUGAACUUGUGCAUGCGUCCUCAGAGGACUCAGAGAUGGGAGUUGAGGAAAAUGACGGAUAUUAUGAAGACCCUAUAGAGAAAAAGAAGAAGAAGAAGAAUGGCCACCCGUCUUUCUGUUUUCCCCUCCUUUUUGAUGGUGGGAGGUUUUUAGCAUGUCUCUACAGAGAGAGGAGCAGAGCGGUGCAGACAGGGGAAGAGGGGGGUGUCUUUUCUCGUGUGCAAACUCACUAUGUGCAUUGACAAUGGAAGACCUCACAGUAUAACCACUGGGUCUCGUCUGUACCGCACACACAGUCAGCCGUACAGUAGUACCAUUCUAAUCCACCUGGCUGUUCUCCAAAAGCACUGGUUGUUCUGCCUGUUUGCAACAGGCAGGUAGAUCCCAGGCUGAAUGUUCUCUUAAUGCACAACAGCAUAAUUCUUAUGUUCAGCUCUUUAGUGUGAAGAGCACCGCAGCCAAUUCUCUGAUCACUCUUCCAAAAAGACCCCUCAACAACCCACACACAGUGUUCUCACUGGCCGCUCUGAGCAGUGGUGUGUGUGUGUGUGUGUGUGUGUGUGUGUGUGUGUGUGUGUGUGUGUGUGUCUUCCUCCCGACCACUCUUUCUCUGCCUCUUUCUUUCUCUCGCUCUAUGUUUCGUCACACAUGAAGGCUACUUAUAUAUAACACGUUUAACAGACAAAAUGGCCUAUAUAAAUAUAUAUUUUUAAUGACGAUUUCUAACAGGAGUUGGAGACUGUAAAAUGUAAAUCUCUUCAACAAUUUUCCAUUGCUUUCUUUGGGUAAUGUUUCUCUUGUGUUUGGUGAUUUGUUUUGGUCAUUGACUUUGCUUGAUUUCCCCCUCCACACAACACAGUCCUGACAAACAAACACACAAAGAAACACAUUAUACCUGAGAUAUACCUGAACUAUACCUGAGAUAUACCUGAGAAAUACCUGAAUACCUGAACUAUAACUGAACUAUACCUGAGCUAUACCUGAGCUAUACCUGAAAUAUACCCGAGCUAUACCUGAAAUAUACCUGAGA